AUGGGUCAACUGCAGCUCUGGCUGUUUGUCCUGGCUGGGCUUACAGGGACUGUGGCCCAGGAAGACCUGUACCGCAAGGUGUUCGUGUUCCGCAAGGAUCCCAGCGAUGCUUUCGUGGUGCUGAAGGCAAAACUGGAGCAACCACUGCACAACUUCACCGUCUGCCUGAGGUCCUACACUGACCUGGCACGGCCCCACAGCCUCUUCUCCUACGCCACCAAAAACCAGGACAACGAGAUCCUCCUUUUCAAACCCAGAAUGGGCGAGUACAGGUUCUACGUGGGGGGCAAGUUCGUCACCUUCCGCGUCCCCGAGGGCCACAGGGACUGGGAACAUGUCUGUGCCAGCUGGGAGUCAGCCACUGGCAUCGCGGAGUUCUGGCUCAACGGGAAGCCCUGGCCCAGGAAGGGGCUGCAGAAGGGUUACACGGUAGGGGCAACAGCUGCCAUCCUCCUGGGGCAGGAGCAGGACAGCUUUGGAGGAGGCUUUGACUUCUACAACUCCUUCUCGGGGGAGAUGGCUGAUGUCUACCUGUGGGAUGUGGGGCUGUCCCCGGAUAAGAUGAGAGCAGCCUACCUGUCCCUGCGCCUGCCACCU